AUGAAGACUGCGCUGCUGGUGAUCGCCGCCUUGGCCGUGGCUAGUGCCGAAUGGAUUGAUAUCGAUUGGUCCCGGGUUAAGCCGAUCGAAGAAUUCGACCACUACUGGGGUCGUAUUCCGAAGGAAUGGCAAUUUCUUCGCAAGUUGACACCAUCCCGUAGAAUCACGAAUGGAUGGGAGGCUGCUCCGGGUCAGUUCCCGUAUCAGAUUGCGGUGUUGAUUGCCUUUUCCGAUGGUGACGGAUUAUGCGGAGGAUCAGUUUUGACCAGAAAUUACAUCCUAACGGCUGCGCAUUGUGUUGUGAACGCUCAACGAGGAGUUGCUGUUAUCGGAGCUCACGACCGUACCGUUAAUGAAGCAUCUCAGCAAAGAAUCGAAUUCUCAAUAAGCGGUAUCAGAAUCCACGAAGGUUAUACCCCAACUAACACCAGGAACGACGUCGCCGUUGUACGACUAAACAGCGUAAUCACUUUCAAUGAACGUGUCCAACCAGUGCGCAUUCCCGCCGCGGGCGAUAACCGUCAAUUCGCCGGAUCAAUCGGAACUGUGUCCGGGUUCGGACGGUGGUCCGAUUCUAGCCCUAACACUGCAGCCAUACUGCGGUACACUAGCAACCCACUUCUGACCGAAGCAGACUGCUUGGCACGUUGGAGCCACAAUACGAACGUCAUUCAGCCGCAGAACAUUUGCAUGUCCGGUGACGGUGGCCGUUCGGCUUGCCACGGUGACUCCGGUGGUCCAAUGACCAUUUUCGAGAAUGGCAACACAGUGCAGGUUGGAAUCGUUUCGUUCGGGUCGUCCGCUGGCUGCUCGAUUGGAAUGCCGUCGGUGUACGUGCGCAUCACCCACUUCCGGCAAUGGAUCGUCAGCAAUUCCGAUUAUUCAUAA